AUGAGGUUCAACGACGCAGCUUCUUACACCGCGCUGACCGCGCUGACCCUCGGCGGCGUCGCCAACGCCUUCUGGCGUAUGCCCUGCCGUGGCCGUACCGGUCUUGCUCGCAUUGAUCCUAUCGUCGACCCCGGCAAGGUCUCCAGCCACUCCCACUCCAUUCAGGGUAGCAGCAACUUUGCUAUGGACGUCACCUCCGCCGAGCUGAGGAACGGUGACUGCACCUCUUGCCAGGUCACCCAGGACAAGUCUGCCUACUGGACCCCUCCUCUCUACUUCCAGUACACCAACGGCACUACCGUCAUUGUUCCCCAGAUGGGUGGUAUGCUUGCCUACUACCUGCUGUACGGUGACGACGUCAAGGCUUUCCCUGAAAACUUCCGCAUGCUUGCUGGUGACCCGUACCAGCGCAACUUCACCUUGCCCGUCCCGGACCCGGCCAAGCCCUGGACCGGUGAGGACAAGACCCAGAAGGCUCUGGCGCAGAAGGCCAUUGGCUUCAACUGCCUUCACUACGACGUCAACCCUCCCGAGGGCACUCUGUACCGCCACUUCCUGCCGGACAAGCAGUUCCUGGACGAGAACUGCCACGAUGGUGUCCGUGUCGAGCUGAUGUUCCCGUCGUGCUGGAACGGCAAGGACACCGACAGUGACGACCACCAGUCGCACAUGCGCUACCCCGACCAGACCAUCACCGGUACCUGCCCCGAGGGCUUCGAGACCCGCGUCGUCUCUCUGAUGUACGAGACCAUCUGGGCCACCGAGACGUUCAAGGGCGUUGACGGCCAGUUCGUCUUCUCCAACGGCGACCCCACUGGCUACGGCUACCACGGUGACUUCAUUACCGGCUGGGACCACGACUUCCUCCAGAACGCUGUCAACACGUGCACCUCGUCGACCGGUUUGAUCGAGGACUGCCCGCUCUUCAACAUCCAGACCGAGGCCGAGUGCGAAGAGUGCAAGUUCGAGGUGCCCGACAGCCUGAAGGACGAGGACUGCGCGGGCCCCGCGCCCAGCAUCUGCGGCAACCCUGCGAUCCAGUCGGGACCCGCGCGCGCGACGGCGGGCUCGGGCGGCUCCUCCGGCGGCUCGACGACGGCCAAGCCCUCGAGCACCAAGCCCCUGGUGCCCACGCUGUCCUACUCGACCGGCCGCGAGACCUUCGCCAGCGACAAGUACGGCGGUGGUGUCACCGUCGAGCGCGUCAAGGGCGGUGCCGACGGCCCCACCCUCGCCCUCACGACUGCUGCUCCCACCGCUGGCGCCGCCGACGGCGACGCCGAGAUCGUCUCCACUACCAUCUACACCUCUGGCGGCGUCGUCUACGACAUGGCCAUUGCUGAGGUCGACGUCACCGUCACGGCUACCGCCGAGGUCACCGAGACCGCCGCUGCUAAGCACAAGAGGCAUUUUGCUCAGCACCGCCACCGCCGCGACUACUAA